AUGAAGCUUGCUUCCUUCGCCUUGACGGCGGCGGCCGCUGCUACUGUUGCCCUGGCUCAACCGCACCACCAUGCCCACCGACACGCGCACCAACACAGACAACGCGAAGUCACCAAGACCACCUAUGCUACAGGUCCCACCGCCUAUGUUUACCUGCUGGACGGCCAGGAGAUUACGCAAGAAAAGGUCUGCGCGGGUCUGGAGGACAACGAGUUGAAGUUUGUGGACGGUCAAGAUCCCGGCGUCUGUUCUUCCAGCGCUGCCGCUGCAACGCCAACCACCAGCAGCAUUCCCAGCACUACUGCUGCUCCAACCACGACGGCUGAGCCUUCGACAACCUCGGACUCGCCGACAACUACCACAACCUCCGCUGCCGCUGCCUCCGACUCAGGUGCUGCCGAAUUCUUCCAACACCGAACUUCGUCAGCGUCUGCUUCGGGCUGGGGCAGCGCUAGCGAAACUGGCUCUAGCUCUUCCGCAGCGGCCUCAGCCUCAGCCUCAUCCACCGGCUCAUCUUCGAUCUCGGGCGGAACUGGGCUCACUGCGGCUUUCCCUGAUGGUGAGCUUAGCUGCGACACGUUUCCCUCCGACUAUGGUGCGGUGGCCCUAGACUAUCUGGGUAUGGGCGGAUGGUCUGGUCUCCAGGCCGUCACCAUUGUGGGUAACCUUGUCAACCACAUUGUGACUGGUGUUUCUGGCCAGUCCUGCACCGAGGGUAUGAUGUGUUCCUAUGCUUGCCCGCCCGGUUACCAGAAGAGUCAAUGGCCAUCAACUCAGGGUGCCACCGGCCAGUCCGUCGGUGGACUGUCGUGCAGCGGUGGAAAGCUUCAUUUGACAAACCCGAGUCUGUCCACCAGUCUCUGCAUUCCCGGCGUCGGAGGUGUCCAGGCCACCAACAAAGCUGGUGGUGUCGUGUCCAUCUGCCGUACCGAUUAUCCUGGUACUGAAUCCGAAACCAUCCCUGUGGAAUUGCAGCCUGGCUCGACCGAGGAGCUGGCUGUCCCCGACGCCUCGACCUACUACACAUGGCAAGGAAAGUCCACUUCCGCCCAGUACUACCUCAACCCGAUUGGAUAUGGUCCGUCUGAUGCUUGCAAAUGGGGUUCGGCCGGCACCCCGUUGGGCAACUUUGCUCCUAUCAACUUUGGUGUGGGUGCCAAAGGAGGUGUGACAUGGCUGUCUAUCUUCCAAAACUCACCUACCACGAGUGCCCAAUACGAGGGUACCGUCGAAAUCCAAGGCAAUCUAUCUGGCUCCUGCAAAUACCAGAAUGGACAAUACUGCAGCGCCACCGGAUGCAAUUCGAACGGAUGCACUGUUUCGGUCAUCUCUGGCACUGCCACCUAUGUCAUCUCCGACUGA